ACCCACCACCCACCCACAACACAGAUCUAAAACUCCUCUCAUCGUGUCCCUGGUAUUAAAAAGCUUUUAUUUUCUUUUGCUUUCUCUUUUUUUUCCUCUUUACUUCUUUUUGUUCAAUAAAAGAGAAAGCUUCUACACACUUUCUUUCACACACAUACAUAUACUCACACAAGCAUAGCACUUACACAAUGGAAGGCAUCUACCAAAGCAAUUUAUACACCCCGCAACAAUUACCUUACGUUUUGCCACCCAGUCAUCCUGAACAAAAUUCAUAUUCUAAUUACGGAAACCCGCAACAACAAUAUCGAUCAAGUGCAUUUUCUGACGCUAGAUCAUCUCCAACUUCCAAUUCCACACCCUAUCACCAUUCGGCUGGUCUGAAUAAUACGACGUCCUCCUCCAACAACAACUACGCAUCACAUGGUGAGAUGAAUAAUAAUAGUCAUCAUCAUCACCACCACCAUCACCAUGACACGACUUCUAAUAAUAACCAUACAAAUGAUACUUACCAUAAUAAUAAUUCUAAUAACAACAACAGCACAAGUACAAAUUGGGCUUCUUCCUCUCCCAAUCUUUCUUGGAACUCCAGUCCUCCACCACUCCCUCCACCAUCUCGUAACAAUAGCUAUAGCUACGGUUCUAAUAAUAACAAUAACACAUUGCCUCAUAUGUCUACUCCUAUACCUAGACCUAAAUUAACCACUACCGUCUGGGAAGACGAGGGAACGCUUUGUUAUCAAGUCGAUGCAAAGAGUGUUUGUGUUGCUCGUCGACAAGACAAUGAUAUGAUUAACGGCACAAAAUUGCUUAACGUCGUUGGCAUGUCUCGAGGUAAACGUGAUGGUAUUCUCAAGAAUGAAAAAGGCCGCGUUGUUGUCAAAGUCGGUGCUAUGCAUCUUAAAGGUGUUUGGAUUACGUUUUCCCGAGCCAAAGAUUUAGCCUCCAAAUUUAAAAUUGAGGAUAUAUUAUAUCCUUUAUUUGUUGAAGAUCCAUCGGUUUUCUUAUCUGUGCCUCCUCCUCCUGCAUCUAGUAAUGGUUUACCUAUAAUGUUGCCAUCAUCUACCGCUAAUAAUAAUGCAACCAGAGGUGCUUAUUAUAACAAAAAUGAUAACUUUGGUUCGUUUAAUAUGCAAUCAUGGGAAAAGCAACCAUAUCAAUCACUUCCUAGUAUUACAAACCAACAACAGCAGGAUCAAAUGAUUAUAAGAUCUCAACAAAAUAACUUGCAAAACAGUGGAAGUUGCAGUCCUGUUCCUGGUAGCAUUGCACCUAUUCUUUCCAAUGAAGAAAGUGACAUGUAUUUAUUAAAUAACCCUUACGAAUACCGUAAUCAGCAUCAUCAUAAUAAUAACAGUCGAUAUGGCAAUACCAAUUCUACUCCUACUUCAUCAAAUCAACAUCAUCAUCAACAGCAAUCAUACAAUAUCUACCCUUCGGAAACUCAUAGCUCCGAUCAUCAUUUCUCUUCUCCAUAUGAAAGCCAUACGAGCCCAUAUUUACAUUCGAGUGCUGCUGCUCCUCCCAAUCGUGCAUCUGCCAAGCCUACUGCCUCUUCUGCAUCUGCAUCAAAUACCGCUUCUAAUGCAGCAGCGGGUGACAAGGAAGAAGAAAAGCGCAGUAUUGAUUUCCCAAGUAGUCCCCCACCCGAAUCCUCCGCCACUUUAAAGUAUGCUGGCUCACCCUAUCCAUUGAACUCAUCUCCUCCCGCUUGGUCUGAAUCCAACGAUGCUUCCUCCAACCGAAAGUCUCCAUUAGCUGGUCUUGUGAUGGUAUCAGGACGUCAUCCCUUAUCAAGCGAAAUCGAAGAAAAAUCUCUUUCAAAAGGACGCAAAAGACAGCAAGAAAAAUCAACUAUUCCUACUAUUCAACGCAAGCGUAUGAAGAAUCAUAGUGAGAAAGAUUCCCCUUAAUUCACUACCUCACACCCCCCAUAAAAAAAAUUGACAUCUAUUACUCUAUCUCUUUCUAUAUAAAUCAUUCCUUUUUUUCUUGCUUUUUUUGCAUUCAUAAUAAAAACAACCGCUUUCAUUUUACUUUA